GUGGUUCGUCAAAUCCCUGUCGAUCGACUCUUGUUCGAAACAGAUGCUCCUUGGUGCGAGAUUCGACCCACACAUGCCAGUUACACGUAUGUAAAAACUCAUUUUCCUACACGAAAAGCAGAACGAUGGGAACCCGGAUGCAUGAUCAAGGGGCGAAAUGAACCGGCGAAUAUUGUGCAGGUGAUGGAAGUUGUAGCUGCAAUCAAAGAAGUAGAUCCGGACACGUUGGCUGAACAAGUUUAUGAGAAUACGUUGAAACUGUUUCAGCUGACUGAUGCAUAA